GAAAAGUAUAAAGGGAAAAAGACACCUUUCUUCCAAUGCAAACUAUACCCUCCUGAGGAACAGAAAAAGGAACCUCUAUAAAAGAGCGCUGGCUAUUAUAGUUUCAAUAUCUUAUUUUUCCAAUGGCAUUGGCGAAUAGCAUUGUCCUUCUCCUCCUCCUCUUCCUUCCCGCCCUUGAUGCACUCUCAAACCAUACCUCUUUCCCUCAAGCAGCAGCAGAUGCCUUCGAAGAAUCCUUGGUACACCAAGCUUGCUUCAACACCACAAGCCAUGAGGCUUGCACCUCGCGCAUCCACGCCGAAUGCCAUCGGGCGGGGCUCGGUACUGGUCCCUUCUCGAUCCUCCACGGCGCGCUCAAGGGAACGAUCGAUGAGGUGGUACGAGCAAUUGACACCACAAUGGGGCUCGCUGCGUUCUCUGAGAGCCUUCGCGAGGAGAUGGCGAUCCAUGACUGCGUGGAGCUUCUCGGCUACUCAGUAGAUGAACUUGGCUGGUCCUUGGCUGAAAUGAGUUGGAUUGAGUCAGAGACCAGCAGCAUGAAUCAUGAAGAGAAUCUACGUGCAUGGCUUAGCGCCGCGCUUGGCAACCAGGAUACGUGCUUGGAGGGCUUUGAGGGCACUGAUGGUCGGCUCAAGCAUUACAUCAAGGGGAGCUUGACAGAAGUGUCACAGCUUCUUAGCAAUCUGCUCAUGAUGCACAAGAGAAUGCGUAGUAUAAUACCCCAUGUACCAAUUAAAAAUAUUAGUGACAGUAGUCAGAAUCUAGAAUUGCCGCCAUGGAUCGAAAUUGGAGAAGAGCUAACGCGUGCAGAUCCAAAGACGAUGCAUGUGGAUGCAGUGGUGGCCUUGGAUGGCAGCGGUAGGUUCCGAUCAAUCAACGAGGCAGUAAACCAAGCACCAAGCCAGAGUCCGAAGAGGUACGUUAUUUAUGUGAAGAAGGGGGAGUAUAAAGAGAACGUGGAAUUGAAGAAGAAGAAGACCAAUAUAAUGCUCGUUGGGGAUGGAAUGGGCCAGACGGUGAUCACAGGAGGUAGGAAUUUCAUGCAAGGGUGGACUACUUUCAGGACUGCUACCUUCGCUGUCUCCGGCCAGGGGUUUGUUGCAAGGGACAUAACCUUCCGCAACACCGCCGGGCCGCAGAACCACCAAGCAGUCGCCCUCCGGGUUGGCUCGGACCGCUCGGCCUUCUUCCGAUGCAGCAUCGAGGGCUACCAGGACACUCUCUAUGCCCACUCCCUCCGCCAAUUCUACCGCGACUGCAACAUCUAUGGCACUAUUGACUUCAUAUUUGGCAAUGGCCUUGUUGUGCUUCAGCAUUGCAACAUCUACACCAGAAAGCCAUUGCCCUACCAGAAGAUCACCAUCACCGCCCAAGGCCGAAAGGAUCCGAACCAGAAAACGGGCUUCUCGAUCCACAACAGCUUCGUACAUGCUACGUACCCCACGUACCUCGGCCGACCAUGGAAGCCAUACUCGAGGACUGUGUUCAUGCAGUCAUUCCUGAGCUCACAGGUGCAGCCGGCAGGCUGGUUGGAGUGGGCCGGGAAUUUUGGACUGAACACUCUCUGGUACGGGGAGUAUAUGAACUAUGGGCCAGGUGCUGCUCUUAGUGGGCGAGUCCGGUGGCCUGGUUAUCAUGUCAUACGUGACGCGUCGCUGGCCAGCUUCUUUACGGUGCGGCGGUUCAUCGACGGAUUGUCAUGGGUGCCGGCAACUGGUGUGACUUUCACAGCUGAUUUAAUCAGGUAGAUAUUUAUGUUUCUUUUUUCUCCCAUCUAUGAAGCAUGUGUUUCUGAUUGUUUGAAGAUGUUGUAGUUUAUAUCCCUCAUUUUGGCAGGGUUUGGUUUGUAUCAAAAAUGGCCAUGUCACUCCUGGGUCCUAUACCUUAUUAGAAAUUUUAAAGGUUCCAACCAUUGU